CGAGUCCUGCGACCGGAUCAAGGACGAGUUCCAGUUCCUGCAAGCCCAGUACCACAGCCUGAAAGUGGAGUAUGAUAAGCUGGCGAACGAGAAGACCGAGAUGCAGCGCCAUUACGUUAUGUACUAUGAAAUGUCGUAUGGUUUGAAUAUUGAAAUGCACAAACAGACAGAAAUUGCUAAAAGACUGAAUACGAUUUUAGCCCAGAUCAUGCCUUUUCUGUCACAAGAGCACCAACAGCAAGUCGCACAGGCUGUUGAGCGUGCCAAGCAAGUGACAAUGACGGAGUUGAAUGCUAUCAUCGGGCAGCAGCUCCAGGCCCAGCACCUCUCCCACGCCGCCCAUGGGCCCCCGGUCCAGCUGCCGCCGCACCCCUCGGGCCUCCAGCCGCCGGGCAUCCCGCCGGUCACCGGCAGCAGCUCGGGGCUGCUGGCUCUCGGCGCCCUGGGGAGCCAGGCACACCUCGCUGUCAAGGAUGAGAAAAACCACCACGACCUGGACCACAGAGAGCGAGACUCAAGUGCAAAUAAUUCCGUUUCGCCCUCGGAAAGCCUGAGAGCCAGCGAGAAGCACCGGAGCUCCACAGACUACAGCAUCGACUCCAAGAAGCGGAAAGCGGAGGAGAAGGACAGCAUGAGUCGAUAUGACAGCGAUGGUGACAAGAGUGAUGACCUGGUGGUCGACGUCUCCAACGAGGACCCCGCCACCCCCCGGGUCAGCCCAGCCCACUCUCCCCCGGAGAACGGCAUAGACAAAGCCCGCGGGCUGAAGAAGGGGGACGCGCCAAACAGCCCGGCCUCGGUCGCCUCCUCCAGCAGCACUCCCUCCUCCAAGACUAAAGACCUGGGUCACGUACGUCCUUCGCUCUGCCGGGGGGGUCGGGCCCCGCCGGCCGCGGGUGCUCGCUGGAACGACAAAUCGUCGACGCCUGGGCUCAAGUCAAACACUCCGACGCCAAGGAACGACGCUCCAACCCCGGGGACGAGCAGCACCCCGGGGCUGCGGCCGAUGCCCGGCAAGCCAACCAGCAUGGACCCCCUGGCCUCGGCCCUGCGGACGCCCAUCUCCAUCGCGGGCUCCUACGCGGCACCUUUUGCCAUGAUGGGGCACCACGAGAUGAACGGCUCGCUCACCAGCCCCGGCGCCUACGCGGGGCUCCACAACAUCCCCCCGCAGAUGAGCGCCGCUGCCGCCGCCGCUGCUGCCUACGGCCGGUCACCAAUGGUUGGUUUCGACCCGCACCCGCCCAUGCGAGCCCCCGGCCUGCCCUCGAGCCUGGCGUCCAUCCCCGGAGGGAAGCCAGCCUACUCCUUCCACGUGAGCGCUGACGGGCAGAUGCAGCCGGUCCCCUUUCCCCACGACGCCCUGGCGGGUCCCGGCAUCCCGCGGCACGCUCGGCAGAUCAACACGCUGAGCCACGGGGAGGUGGUGUGCGCCGUCACCAUCAGCAACCCCACCAGGCACGUCUACACCGGGGGCAAGGGGUGCGUGAAGAUCUGGGACAUCAGCCAGCCGGGCAGCAAGAGCCCCAUCUCCCAGCUGGACUGCCUGAACAGAGAUAACUACAUCCGCUCCUGCAAACUCCUCCCCGACGGCCGCACGCUGAUCGUGGGAGGGGAGGCGAGCACGCUCACCAUCUGGGACCUGGCUUCCCCCACGCCCCGCAUCAAGGCCGAGCUGACCUCCUCCGCCCCUGCCUGCUACGCCCUGGCCAUCAGCCCCGACGCCAAAGUCUGCUUCUCCUGCUGCAGCGACGGCAACAUCGCCGUCUGGGACCUGCACAACCAGACGCUCGUCAGGCAAUUCCAAGGCCACACAGACGGUGCCAGCUGCAUAGAUAUCUCGCACGACGGUACGAAGUUGUGGACGGGGGGUCUGGACAACACGGUGCGCUCCUGGGACCUGCGGGAAGGGAGGCAGCUCCAGCAGCACGACUUUACCUCCCAGAUCUUCUCGCUGGGGUACUGCCCGACGGGCGAGUGGCUCGCGGUGGGCAUGGAGAGCAGCAACGUGGAAGUGCUGCACCACACGAAACCCGACAAGUACCAGCUGCACCUCCACGAGAGCUGCGUCCUCUCCCUCAAGUUCGCCUACUGCGGUAAAUGGUUUGUGAGUACUGGAAAAGACAACCUGCUCAACGCCUGGAGGACGCCCUACGGAGCGAGCAUCUUCCAGUCCAAGGAAUCCUCGUCCGUCUUAAGUUGUGACAUUUCGGCGGAUGACAAGUACAUCGUCACGGGCUCUGGUGACAAGAAGGCCACAGUCUACGAAGUCAUCUACUAACCGCGGAUUUUAUAGCAGGGCUGGCAACUCCCAGCACCGGCGGUGGCAGG